CGCCUAGCUAGGGCGUGGCCAAGCGGGCGAAGGCAGGCGAGCUGGAAAAGCUGGCUCUGGACUUAGAAGUGGAGUAGCUGCCCGGCCGUUGGUAGCUGGACGCCCCCACUGCGGGCGAGGCGCCGGCGGCUCCGGCGACCAUCCCGAGGCGGCGAGGGCGUCACCUUCAGAUCAAGCUAUGCAGAAAAAUGUUUCGAAAAGGCAAGAAACGACACAGUAGUAGCAGUUCCCAAAGCAGUGAAAUCAGUACAAAGAGCAAGUCUGUGGACUCUAGCCUUGGGGGUCUUUCGCGAUCCAGCACUGUUGCCAGCCUUGACACAGACUCCACCAAAAGCUCAGGACAAAGCAACAAUAAUUUAGAUACCUGUGCAGAAUUUCGAAUAAAGUAUGUUGGUGCCAUUGAGAAACUGAAGCUGUCUGAGGGAAAAAGUCUUGAAGGACCACUAGACCUGAUAAAUUAUAUAGAUGUUGCCCAGCAAGAUGGAAAAUUGCCUUUUGUUCCUCUGGAGGAAGAAUUUAUUAUGGGAGUGUCCAAGUAUGGCAUAAAAGUAUCGACAUCAGAUCAGUAUGAUGUUUUGCAUAGGCAUGCCCUGUAUUUAAUUAUCCGGAUGGUGUGUUAUGACGACGGCCUGGGAGCUGGAAAGAGCUUGCUGGCUGUCAAGACCACAGAUGCAAACAAUGAAGAAUACAGCCUGUGGGUUUAUCAGUGCAACAGCCUGGAACAGGCCCAAGCUAUCUGUAAAGUCUUAGCCACCGUUUUUGACUCUGUGUUGACCUCUGAGAAGUCUUGAACUCUGCAAUCAAGUGGAAGCAAACCAAUUCCAGAGUCUGUUUUCUAGAUCAUUCUGCAGCAUUGAACUAUGAAGGAAAUAGGAAGUAAUGCCUUGAUCCAGCUUUCUGAAGGGCAAUAUAUAAAUGUUGUUUUUAUAUUAAAAUGU